GAAAUGACGUUAACACUAAUCUUAUUUACAAUAGUUUUAAUUCUAAUUGUAUCCUAUUGUCUUAUUCUACAGAGUCGUUAUCAGUACUUUAAAUCAAGAAAUAUUCCGACACCGAAAUUAGAAUUUUUUUAUGGAAAUUUAAAAAUUCUAUGGAAUUCUAAAUUAUUAUCACGUCAGCUUCAAUCAUGGACAAAAGAAUUUGGUAAAAUCUAUGGCUUAUUUGAAGGUUCGUUACCGGUUUACGUUGUCUCUGAUGUUGACUUUCUUCAUGAAGUAUUUAUAAAACAAUUUUCAAAUUUCAAUGGUCGUAAGCCAAAUCUGUUUUCAACAAAAUCAAAUUCAGAAUUUGUACAUUUGUUUGAUGCACAUAAUUUACGAUGGAAACGUCAACGUCUGGUAAUUAAUCCGACAUUUUCAGCUGUAAAAUUGAAACAAAUGUCACCAUUGGUCAAUGAUAGUAUUAAUGAAUUAAUGAAAAAAGUAGCAGAUUUUGCAGAGAAAAAUGAAGAAUUUAAUAUUUAUAGUUUAUACAAGAGAAUGACAAUGGAUGUUAUCUUUAAACCACCAUGA